AUGACUCUAGAGAUAUUUAAAAUGCUAAAAGUAGGAAAGGACUGCACAGAAAAACAUGAAAUGUACUUUGGGCAAAGAACUAACCCAGAGGUUCAGAAAUACGAAGAUAUCUUUCACCAAUUAAACCUUAGAUUCACUGCAAACAAAAGUCUUUGGGAGGAGUGGCUUAAAAUCAACGAUGUCCAAGAGAAAGAAGACAUGGAGUGCGAGUAUAUUAAGUCUUUGAUCAUAUUCGCGAACAGCAAAAAACUAAGAAAAGCAUGGAAUGCAGUGCUUUCAACACAUAAUAUAGAUACAAGCCAGACAAUUUCCAAAAAGCAGGAGACAAAAGAAGACAUAGCAAUGAAUUUAAUGAAUUACAGUAGAGUAAAGAAAGCAUUAAAACACCAGAGAUCCAUGCAAUGCAACAUAUUAAGAGAAAUAGACGUAAAAGUAAAGGAAAUGAAGGCAGAGAUUAACAAAAUAAUUGAAGAAAGAUUGGAGACAUUUGCACGCUUUAUAGAGGAAGAUAAGAAAAUAGACAGUAAAUUAAAGGAGUACACAGAUACUAUACCAAAAAACACAGAUACUUUGAAGAGGUCUUGUUUAAUAGGGAGCAAAAAACAAGAACUCCUUGAAGACACCUGCAAUGACCAAGAACUCACAAAGUGGUUAGGUGAGAAGGUGGAAGAAAUAGAAAAAAUGGAGAAUUCAGACAAGAUGCAAGAUAUAAUUGAAAAAGUAAUGAAGUUAGAUCUUACCAGUGCCAUUAUAUAG